ACGUGUGUUUACGGCGGCCGAGUCUUGAAUGAGGCGUGAUUUCCCCGGGUGAUUUCCAAUUCCUGACAUACCGAAAGUCACAGUCAUACCAAACUGUAGUGAUUUUUAGAGGCAAGAUCAAGUAUAUGACGGUCCAUCUUUAACUCAUUUCUAACCGGCUUUGCAUUAAAACGGAAAUCAAAGUCAACUUUUUAAGGUAGGGAGUCUCUCAAUAAAUUGAACCAUGAGGUGUCACAAUUGCUGUCACCUGGCAGCUGUAGGUGUUUUAGCGUUCAUGUUGGUGGACUAUGUUCAAAGUGCUACAAGGGAUUACUACACAAUCCUUGGAGUGAGCAGAAGUGCAUCACAAGGAGAGAUCAAGAAAGCCUUUCGGAAGCUAGCCAUUCAGUAUCAUCCAGACAAGAACAAGGAGCCUGAUGCAGAGAAGAAGUUCAUGGAGAUAGCUAAAGCCUAUGAAGUCCUUUCAGAUGAAGACAAAAGGAAACAGUAUGACAGAUUAGGAGCCAGUGCCUAUGAGAACCAGGGACAACAUAGUGGUGGAGGAAGAAGAGGUGGUGGUCCACAAUUUAAUUUCAACGAGUUCUACCGUGGUUUUGACAACAGCUACCACCAGAGGAGAGGUCAUCAAGGGAGAGGUCAAAGACAGAAAAUGAAGUUUGGUGAUGGAUUCUUUGAUUUUGACUCUUUGUGGAAUGACUUUGAUGAUGACAGUUUGUUUGGUAACAUGGGAGGCUUUGGAAAUCAAGCUUUUGAUGGUUUUGGAAAUCACGGGUUUGGCGGCUUCCAGAAUCAAGGAUUCGGUGGGUUUGGGUCGGCAUUUGGAAAUGGACAUUUUGGAAACGGUCAAUUUUCAGCACACAGACAGCAUCAAAAAUCAUUUCAUUCAAGACAUGCAGGAGGUGGCAGGAGCUGUCGGACAGUGACACAAAGAGUGGGUAAUACCAUCACUACAUAUACAGACUGUUCUUAAACCUCAACCUUGAAGAUUAUAUCAGAAGGGCAAAACAACUAUACAUCACUGGAAAGAUGAUAUUAUAAGAAGUAAAUACAAUUAUUCAAGCUUUAUGUAUUUCACCACUAAAAAGAUGAGUUCCUUGCUUUAGAAAAGAUAUGCUCAGAUUUAUGAAUUUCUAAACUGUGAUUUAUUGCACAUUUUCCCGACCGAAUUCUAUGAUGUCACUGUAUGUAAACAAAGUUGUUGAAACAUGCAUUUGAAUGUAUUUCUUAUUUUUCCAGUUCAUUAAUUCCACAUUUGAAAAGAAGGUGCACGGAAGAGUGAAGUAUUUUCUGCUCAAAUUGAUGAAACAUCCAGCUCUCGAAUAUCUUGCAGAUAUUUGUGACACUUUGUUUGACAUAGCAGUCAUGGUCAAAUAAGUAACAAAAGUCUCACACUAAAUGUGCGGUCAAGAGCAGUUUUUCUGUCCAUUUAUUCAAUGAUUCAAAUUUGUAAUCUGGAAAACAAGAAAAUAUUGUUUUGGUUUUUAUUAUGUACAAGAGAUAUAAUCACAACUCUACUACAUAUUAUGAUUUCUUAGGGUAUUGGUGUGUAUGGCAAUAAAGCCCAUUUGGGGGACUUACCUAUUUCAGUGUUCCUCAAGCAAAUACUUGGCAGCUAGAAUAUCAAAAUCUAUUAAUCUUACAUAUAUUCAUUUUCUAACUUCUUAGCUUUCUAUUGGUGUAUUCUUAAUCAAUUUCAUAUUUUGCUUUUGAUAUGGUCUUUAUAAAUGAUUACCUUCAGUGUUUCAGAUAUUAGUUGAGCAUUAUCAACUAUUAAAAAGGACUCAAUCUUUGUUCUUGACGUAAACAACGAUUUGUUACUGCCUAAUUACGGUUGAUUAUGCACAUAUGAACUAGUUCAUUUGAUGAAUAGGGUUGAACAAUAUAUUCUAUGCAGAAAUUACAAACUAGAUCAUGAGAAUAAAGAAAAUAUUUGUAUUUAUUUUAUUGAUUUUCAGUUAAAUAAAUCAUGGACUAGGGUUGUGAUUUUGCUAUGUGUUUUGACAAAAGAGGGCCUUCAAUCAAUGUGCCAGCAACAAGUUAUGAAUUUAUUAAAAUUGUUGAGACAAAAAUGAGAAAUGCCAUGCUCUUAUUCACAAUUUUCAUGUAACCUUUAAUCUGAGACCUGAACCAAACUUGAAGUCGACUCUGCCCGCCACAUUGAACAUGGAAGUUGGUUGUCGUGAAUAUAUAUGUCCAAGAUUUUACGGUACAAUUUGAGAUCACUGGGAUACCUCUCCGCGUGUGCACACAUUAGGUGUCUGUCAGAGGCAUUUGGCAGACUUCACAAGAGAGGUUAACACCAUCCCCCCCCCCCCGGAUAGUUCAAGCCCCAAAAAAGGGGGGUUCACUACAGAAUGAUCUUUUUGGUCUCCCCCCCCAAAAAAAAAAAACACUACAUUACGUUACAUUUCUCCAUUUUCUCACACCUACCAGAAUUCCAGGGAGAACUGCUGAUGGAGAUUAAAGGCGGAGUCCACCCCAGCAAAGUGCUGAUUUGAAUAAAAGAGAAAAAUCAAACUAGCAUAACACUUAAAAUUUCAUCAAAAUCGGAUGUAAAAUAAGAAAGUUAUGGCGUUAUAAAGUUUCGCUUAUUUUUCACAAAACAGUGAUAUGCACAAAUCAGUGACAUGCAAAUGAGUCAAUCGAUGAUGUCCAUCACUCCCUAUUUCUUUUGUUUUUUGUUGCUUGAAUUAUACAAUAUUUCAUUUUUUACAGAUUUGACCAUAGGGACCGACUUGACUAAAUCAUAUAGUAUGAAACAAUGCUAAUUCCACAUGUUCAUAGAGGAAUUAAUCACUGUUUCACUUGACAAUGACGAGAGAAUUAAAAUAUUUCAUGUAAUAAAAUAAAGAAGAAAUAGUGAGUGGAUGACAUCAUCAGUCUCCUCAUUUGCAUACCAACCAGGAUGUGCAGAUAACUGUUUUGUGAAAUUAAGCGAACUUAAAAAUGUCAUAACUUAUUUCACAUCCGAUUUUGAUGAAAUUUUCAGUGUUAUGCUUGUUUGAUUUUUCUCUUUAUAUUCAAAUCAAGUUUUUGUUGGGAUGGACUUGUCCUUUAAUACAUGCAGCACCCCACCCCCCCCCCCUCUGGAAAAUCUUGGGGGUGCUUCAGCACCCCUGCUUCUCAGGGCCAUGAGUUUAAACUCCCAUUCUCACAUCAAAUCAUGCAUUUCCUUUAAUAGAAUAGCAUGGACAUGAUUGAUGAACACUAUCUAAGCACUUCUUCAAGUACACUUGAAAAAGAAGGGGUUUACAUGUCUGUUAUUGAUUGAGUCCAUUAUGUUUGUUUUCCUACCCAGUAUGUACAUGUACAUCAAUGCCAUUUGCAUACAAAGCCUCUUUUCAAUGUAUUACGUUCAGUACCAAAUCUAAUCAAGAUGACAAUAUAUAGCUGCUGAUCCUGUAUGGAGGUGACUAUUUUCUCCCUGUAUCAAAACAUUUAUAGGAAAAUGAUAUAUAUCGGUGAAAACCAUCUGUCAAAUCAACUUGACAUUAUUAUGUUCAGAAUAUCAGUCUCAUUCACAUUUGUGCUAUGCAUAUGAGAUUGUGAGUCAUAUUCUAUUUUGUAAUUUCCAAUAGUAAUCGCAGCAAUAACAGUAGUUAACAGUAUUAUGUAGCUCAUAUGAGAUGGGUUUCUGUUUCAUUAUAUUCUGAUCUAGGCUUUUCAUUUCAUCAUCUUUCAUACGAGAAAUCAAUUUAUUUAUUUGUAAAAAAUUAUUAAUGAUUUUUGUUGUCCUAUAGCAAGUUACAAAGUACCGAUAAAACAAAGAUGGGGCUUGAAUCCUAUCCUGUGUUUUAAUACCAUUACUAGUCACAUGAUACAACAUUAUGUGUUGCAUUUCCCUUCUUGAAUGGUAUACUUCCUUCCUCUUUGAAAUUCCAAGGGUCUAUUUUAGGACACUGCAUUUAUCUCAAACUUUUCAUGUCUAGAUAUCUUUUAAUAACACUGUUUUCAUUACAAGUAAUUUUAAAAGCAUUAUGUCCAUUUUUCAUGUAUACACUGUAAUGAUGGUUUUGGUUAAGGGUGUGUGUUGUCCAUGAGCCAUUUUCUUGCUUUUUAUUGCUUGCUUUUCAAGAGUACAUUCUAUCAGGACUCCCAUUAUUCUGAAUGUUCAUGGAAAUUUAAAUAUUUAUUUCUUUUUUUUUUUCAUCCAAAUGGAAUGUUUAUGAGAGUCGUAUGGAGUAAUGGGGUUUGUGUCUUAUUGGAGAUGUCAUGACAUGAAGUAGUUUUAAGCCAUAGCUUUCAUCUCUAUGGCAAAAGCAAUAUACUGAGUAGUUGCUCUUCUAGAAAGAGGAGUACUUUCUAAUAGCAAAAGAGUUCAUCUGGUCCAUAAUCACAUUCCUCUUGGAGUGAGAUGAACUCGCUCAUUUUCGAGUGAGAUAUGCAUCUUUCUAGAGGGGAUCUUUUUGGAGUGAAAGUGUCUUCAAAAUGCACAGUUCACUCUCCAGAAGGAGCUAUAAUUUACUCUAUAAGGACAUAUACAGUUCAUUCCAAAGGGAUUGGUCCCUACUAUCACUCCUCAAGAAGAGUUUGAUUAGGGACUAGAUUACAUGUAGCUCUUUUAUAUUUAGAGAGUAACAUUGCCUGAUGAGAUUGUUGUAGUGUUAUCAGCAAAUAUUAUUCCAUCUCAUCUGUAUUCUAAUUUAUAUUUUUCCAUAUUACUUUGGUGUGCAAUAAGUAGCAGGUCUGAUAAGGAAUCUACUUGUCUGAAUUAUCUAUAAUCAUGAUAUACAUUUUGUACAUGCUUGCUGCCUUGCUAAUGUGGUCAAUACUUUAUAUACAAGCCUCAGUUUGCUCUUCCAGAAAUGGUGUAUGAUAUCAUUUGCUGUGUUUCAGAUUCUUUCUUGUUGUUUUGUGUGUAUAUUGCAUUGAAUGGAGCUGGAAAAUAUUUAUUUUCAUGGAAUUUUAAAAAGAUUUAUGGAUAAUAAAGAAACUUUGAUAUUUGAAAUUUA